AUGAUUCGGUGCGGUGGAACCUCCGACACCAAGCCCGCCACGGCCGAGAUCCAGGCCAUCGCCGACCAGGUGAAGUCCCAGCUGGAGGAGAAGGUAAACAAGAAGUAUCCCACUUUCAAGGCCACGGAGUACAUGAGCCAGCUGGUCGCGGGGACUAACUACUUCAUCAAGGUUCAAGUUGCAGAUGAUGAAUUCGUGCACAUCCGCGUGUAUGAGAGCCUCCCUCACGAAAACAAGGCCUUGGCCCUGCACGACUAUCAGACCAACAAGACCAAGCAGGACGAGCUGACCUACUUCUAG